UCUGGUCCCCACCUCCGAGGGGCUGUGGAGUCGCAGGGCGGCCGCCCGCAUGGCACUGUAUAACAACGGGGCCAAGAUGCCGUCCCCCCAGGAGGCGGCCAAUGGCUUUGCCCAGCCCGGCGCUUCCGGCACCUGGCCCAAGCCGGAGGAGGAGGUGCGGCUGGUGGAGCCCAGCCUGGUGAAGAAGGCUCACCGGGAGAUCCUGGAUCACGAGCGGAAGCGGAGGGUGGAGCUGAAGUGCAUGGAGCUGCAGGAGAUGAUGGAGGAGCAAGGGUAUGCCGAAGAGGAGAUCCGGCAGAAAGUGGGGACCUUCCGGCAAAUGCUCAUGGAGAAGGAAGGGGUGCUCACCAGGGAGGACCAGCACGGGCGCCAGAUAGUGAUAGAAAACCACAUGGUGGAUGGGGAGGAGUACGCCCUGGAGUACCCAGUGUAUGGAGAGGGCUGCCUACUGCUGUGUGACUGCCCAGCCGACUGCUACCGAGACCACUGCAGCCACAGAGAGUACAGGCUGAAGAGGAGGUGUAGCAGCUCCGCCUCGCCACCGCCCAAGAAGAAAAAGAAAAAGAAAUCGAGUCAUCGCCGGAGCCGCAAAAAAAGGAAGCCAGGAUCGGAGCGCAGCUGCGACAGCUCCUCACCCCUCCGGAAGGAGAAGAAGAAGAAGAAUGGGAAGAAACACAGACGAGACAGGUCUGAGUCUGGCUCCCGGAAGAAGAGAAGACACAGGUCCCGGAGCCCCAAGAACAAAAGGAAAGAGAAAAACAAAGAGCGCAAGAGGUGA